GUCGGCUUCACAUGUUAAGAAUCAUCUCGAGAACCUAUGCUCUUUCACAUAGGGGUUUACCAUCCAGUUUCAUCCUUCCUCAUAAUCUUGCGAAAAACCCAUCCCAGUCAGUCUUAAAACCCGCUAUCUCAGGCUUUACCCGUACCAUGGCUUCACUCAACCUCCCGGCAACAAUGAAGGCAGUUCUCCAGCCUGACAAACACUCCCACAAGCUCAUUCUAUCCGAACAACCUGUCCCCGUGCCUAAACAUCCUGAGGAUGUUCUGGUUAAGGUCCAUGCCACUUCUCCUGUCAAGGGCGAGCUCGACUGGGCUGUCUGGUUCCCUGACUUUAUACCAAAAGAUAAGAUCCCCGUCCCAGGACAGGAUGUCGCGGGAACAGUCGUCUCUGCUCCUGCAAACAGCGACUUCAAGACUGGUGACGAAGUCUACGCUCGGAUCGAGGCCACACGCCCUGGCGCCGCAGCCGAGUAUGUUCUGGCUCGUGUGUCAGAGCUCGCGAUUAGGCCCAGGAACCUUAGCUGGGCCGAAACAGCUGCAACUCCUAUCAGCGCGCUGACAGCAUACCAAUCGCUCUUUACACAUGGCGGAUUAGACCCCUUGGCACUAUCAGGUGACAAAGCAGCGCAGGACAAAAAUUCCAAGAUUCGCGUGUUAAUCACCGCCGGGGCCGGUGGAGUCGGUAGCUGGGCAGUCCAGCUCGCUCGAGAGGCCAGAGCAGCUGCUGUCGUAGCUGCUGUCGGACCAAAGAAUUUCAACUUUGUCCGAGAACUUGGUGCGACGGAAAUAAUAGAUUAUACAAAAGAAAGCAGCGGUGACUGGGUAGCUAAGGAUGCCAGUAGUCGAGAGUUUGACCUUGUCUUUGACUGCAUUGGGGGCCCAUCACUCUCCCAAGCCUGGUAUGCAGUUCGGGAUGGGGGAAGCCUUAUUAGUGUCUGCGGUGUACCAGAGGACAGUCGCCCGCAAGAUGUUAAAAAAGAGGUCCGCAGCCUGUUCUUUGUCAUCACGCCACUCGGCAAGGACCUAGACGUCAUUACGGGGCUAUUGGAGGCUGGCAAGCUGAAGCCAAGUAUUGAUAGCGUGGUUGGGUUUAGCGAGUUUGCUGAGGCUUGGGACAAGGUGGAGUCUGGACGAGCGAGAGGGAAGGUUAUCGUGAAGGUCUCUGAUGAGGCGUAGUAAGGAUACCUUACUAAGGUCUGG